AUGUUUGGGCUGGAAGCAGAAAAGAAUUAUUUGAGUUGGAACAGAGCAAUUGUAUCUUUAAAUGAAGCAUGGAUUGAUGCUUCUUGUGAAUCAGGUCGAGCAGAAGGUCAGAAGCACUCCAAUAAUGUCACUUAUAUUGAUGAUAAACAAAUGAUGGAUGAGACAGGAAGGCGCCGGAAACUGGUUUUGAAUGACUGUGCUUAUCGCUUUUGCUUCUCUUCAUUUCACCUUCAGUUGAAGUUCAUAUCAGCAAAAUCAACCUACCUUAAAGAGGCCGGAGAUCCGCCUUUAUGGUAUGGAAAGAUCAAUGUUGACAGACAAUUCUUCAAUGAGGAGAUGAAAGACGAGGAUGGACAGAGUAACGGUGGUCAUUGUUGGACAAGAGUGACCGACAAGCAGCAAAUGCCAGCUUAUCCUUUCUAG